GGAUCCCGGAAGUUGUCGUGUUACUUUUCCUCUCCGCCUCCCUCUCCUCCUCCUCCAGUCUGCUGCCGAAAAAACAAGAAAAACUACCUUUUAACCCACCCGAUCCUGGACGAACGCUUAGAAGACACUUUUACCGACGAGCGGCCGACCAUUUGGUGAAAAAAAUUCGGAUGUCAUGGUGAGAAAAUAGCGAAGAAAGAAGAAGAAAGUGGAUAUAGACUGGACUCAAAUGCAGUUUUCAGUUAGAGGAGCGGCCAUCUUUAAUCCAAAAUGAUCCCUGUCUUCUACACGUCUCCUCCUCCUCCUGAUGCUGCUGCUUUUUGUGCUCUAAUAUCCAAAUAACUCAGAUCUCUCCUGGACACCUGCCUGUAGUGUUCAUAUCAUGCUUCUAUGACACACGGCCCCUCCGGUAUCCCGCUCCUUUUCUCCACAAACAACAUAUCGUUUCCACUCCCUUUAUAUUUAGUUUUGUGUCCCACCGAAACCAACAAGGCCCAGAUAUUACAAAAUAAAGCUGCAUGUAUUUAUAUGUUCAGAUUUACAUAACGUUAACAUAGGAAGUGGACUAAAGACAGUUAUUACAAGUUUCGACAAAGCAUUGAUGGUUAUAAAGACUUAAAAUUUUUACAUAAUUUUCCACAUUGAUAAUUUAAUAGCUAGACUGAACCAGGACUCAACAAGGACAGAAUUCUGUAAAAAUGUGUUCUCUUUAGUCAAAUAACUACAUUUUUGCUGCUAAAACCUCCAAAACUAAAUGCAUAUAAUCUUAACCCGGCCAUUGGAAAAGCCACCUGCACCCUGCCCGCCCCUCCCCUCCCUGUGCCAUGGUCCGAAAGAAUUCCGUGAUCCUGUUCGGGACAUUUCUCUUUGUCUCUUGGAAUGCCGUGCUGGUUUUGCUGCUUUGGAAUCGAGAUCCCGGGCCACAGGUUGAGAAUCCGCAUCCGAACCAGGAAAUACCAGACAGCGAUGUGGUCCAAGAUGUACUCAAGAUGGCCGAUGCUUUUGAGGCCGAGCUGGGGCGGCAGAAGGACAUUCUCCUCCAAAUCAAGAACCAAAAAUUGCAUCAGUUGUUCCUGCGGAGACCGUCUAACCUUUCCCGUCUGGCUCCUCCCCCUCCUGCCCCUGUUGCCACGGUGAUCCCUAUCCUAGUGAUGGCAUGUAACCGUGUCACCGUGCGGCGCUGCCUCGACAAACUUCUGCAGUACCGACCCUCGGAGGCACUGUACCCUAUCAUCGUCUCACAGGACUGCGGGCACGAGGACACCGCAGCCGUGAUCCAGAGCUACGGAGAGAAAGUGACCCACCUGAGGCAGCCAGACCUGGGGGACGUGCCUGUGCGGCCGGAGCAUAAGAAGUUCCAGGGAUAUUACAAGAUUUCCAGACACUACCACUGGGCCCUCAGCCAAGUGUUCAGGACCCUGGGGCAUGAGGCUGUGGUCAUCGUGGAGGAUGAUCUGGAGGUGGCCCCAGACUUCUUUGAGUGCUUCCGUGCGCUGCAACCAAUGCUCCAGUCUGACCCCAGCCUCUGGUGUGUCUCUGCCUGGAAUGAUAAUGGACGUGAUGGUUACGUGGACCCGGGGAAGCCCAGCCUGCUCUACCGCACAGACUUCUUCCCUGGCCUGGGCUGGAUGAUGCUGAGACAGCUGUGGGACGAGCUUGAGCCAAAAUGGCCGAGCGCGUUUUGGGACGACUGGAUGCGCCAACCGGAUCAACGCAAAAACCGUGCCUGCAUCCGACCCGAAAUCUCACGCACCAUAACAUUCGGACGGCAAGGGGUUAGCCUGGGACAAUUUUUUGACAAAUACUUAAAAUUUAUCAGACUCAACUCUGAAUUUGUGCCUUUUACAAAAAUAGACCUGAGUUACUUGAAAGAAGAGACGUAUCGAGUAAAUUUUGAGAAGGAGGUGUACAGCGCCCCUGUUGUUUCAUACGAGGACGUGAAGCAGGGCAAGCUAAAGGGACCUGGCCCGUUUAGGCUGCAGUACUCCAGCAAAGACAGUUUCAAAACCAUGGCCAAAAACCUGGGAGUCAUGGAGGACCUGAAGUCGGGCGUGCCCAGAGCCGGAUACAGGGGCGUGGUCAGCUUCAUCUCCAGAGGCCAGAGGGUUUACUUAGCGCCACCACCUGGAUGGACGCAGUAUGACCCCACGUGGAGUUGAGGAGUUAAUUUAAAGCCUUAUUAAAGGUCCUAUAUUACACGACAUUGACUCUUGAGAGCUUUAAGCUGUCUUAUAAUGCUGUUACAUCAUCAAAAACAUACCUGGAGUUGUUUUGUUUCAUUCACAUGUUUCAGGAACCCUUUAUUAUAAGUCUGUCUACAUCUCCAUAGCUCAAAAUGCUCUGUUCCACCUUGUGAUGUCAUGAGGUGGUAGUUUUAGUUAACAGCUCCUUUUACCUUUAGUUCAGUAGAGACUGGCAAUUCCAGGACUGAAAGGUGCGUGGAGUUUAAAAACACAGUGGAGCACUUCCUGUAUUACACAUGACAUCAGAAGGUGGAGUGUUUUCUGUUUGAGAGAAGAACUGAGACUAAAUCUGCAGGGUUUGUGUGUUAAACAUGUGCGAAUGAAACAAAACACAACUCCAGGUGUGUUUGAUGAGGAAACAACACUAUAACAGAUCAGAAAAUAGUGUAAUAUGGGCCCUUUAAAGCCUUAUUAAGUGGGAACAGACCAAAGAAAGACUUUAAGAAUGAAAUGUUAUGACCUAAAAAUCACUAAUACAGCUACAGUCAGGAAAUGAUUUUGUCUUAGGGGAAUAGUUUAUUUUUAAGAUGUACUUUAUUGCAGGGUUGUUCUGACGCUGACUCUGGUAUCGGUAACCAUUUGUCAGAAAAAUUGCCACUGGAUAUUUUUUUUCCAAGCAUUGUGAUUAGAUUUGAGAUUUUGAGAGUAAGAUUCUGUUCGAAGUUCAAGUUUUCAAGUUUUCAGCAGGUCCAGAAGAACUGACUGAAAAGACUGAAACCUGAACUGACAAAUUAAUACAAGAAUCGCAAGAACCACCUUUCAGAACAUGUUUAUACAAAUCCAAACUACAGAAUUAGCAGCUUUUAUGUAGAAUAAGACAGGAGAUUUAGUUGUUUGUGGACACUGUGCCACUUCACAAACCACAGCCUUUGCUAAUUGCGUGCGCUCAUAAUGUUGUUGUUGAGAGAUUGUGGCUAAUGCUGCCGCUAACACCCAGAGCAGCUGUAAACACCAUUUUUAGAAAAGUGUAUUGGAACAACUCUGCUUUAUUGUAUUAUGUAUGGGUAAUUGGUCCACUGCAUUUGACCCAUGCUUCAGUGUAUCUGAGGUCAAAUUCAGGGGAUGACCACAUUGCAAUCCCCAAGGCUGAGCUAGACUUGUUUAGGACAACCUAGCUGGAGGAUAAGCCUUUUGCAGUUUUAAUUUGAUGGGAAGACCCGGAAAACUUGGAAAAUUCCACCCAGACACACGGAGAACACGCAGACUCCGCCCUGGGAAUUGAACCCGGGACUUUCUUGCUGUGAGGUAGGAACGCUAACCACUCAACCAACAUGCUGAUUCAUGUUCUUAAAUGUUCGUAUGUUUUUUUAAAGUAGUAAUUUCUCUGAUCUUAAAACAAUCUAAUGCUAACACAGUGCCAACGCAAGAUCGGACGUGAUUUCAGUUCAUUAUUAGAGGAGUGUAUCUGUCCAAAGUUGUUCUGGACGUUUGUGUCUUGGAGAAUAGAAUGUUCAUUGUAGUUUAUAUUGUUAAAUGCAGAAGAUCACUUUAUAAUUAGUUUUUCAGAAUCCAUUUUGUGCCUUUUAUUAGCAUUCAGUCCACAUCAAAUGAGCGCUAAUGUACUGUUAAUGUACACUGCCAGUCAAACAUUUGGACCCACCCCCCCUGUGUUUUUUUUAUUUCUUUGUUUAAUACUUUUACUUUAGAUGCCCACAGAAGACAUCAAAUUUAUGAAGCAAGAUUUAUGGGAUUAUAUCGUAAAGAAAAAAAUGGAAAUAAUUCAACUAUAUUUAUUAUAUUUUAGAUUCAUAUUCAGAUAUUUUUUUAAAUCUAAGGAGUUAUUUUGAGUUUUUUUUUUCUUUACUACAAUCCAUAUGUGUUCAGUCAUAGUUUUGUGCCAAAACCUUUGACUGGUCCUGUGUGUAUAACUGUAUUUACAAAUAUCAUUGGCGUUCAGUAUCGUACAUUUUUGAAAACUUUUGACAAUUAAAAGGAUAAAACCACAAAUAAACAGUUUACAUCACCCAAAACCCCUUAGAUCGGUAAUGUAAAAUGAAAUAUCAGGUUAAAAAACUAACAAAAAAAAAUCAGUUUAAUUCUAACUAAAAGCUCAAAGUUAAUGAAGUGCCAAAUAGUUAAAGUUAGAAUAAAAACAGUUUGUAUAUACCAGAUACACAAGAGUUUUAAGUGCCUUGCAGGAAGACACCAUACAGCUUACUACCAUUUUAAUUAGUUUUGAUAUUUUCUUAUUAUAACGCUAUAUUAGUGGUAUAAAUGGUAGGGAUGCACCGAUCCAGCUGUUUCAGGUCCAAUACCGAUAUCGAUACUUUGACGUUAAGCAGGCAAGUUGACUGGGGGGGUUCCCUUGCUCCUAAUAAGUUCCUUGUGUUAACCGAACACAUGGAACUUAUUAUAAAAUAGAUCCAAUGGUAUUACGUAACUGUUAUUUCUCCAUCACAUCAUGACUGAACAGUUUUGUGUGAAUAAAAGUCCAAACAUUAUGACGUUCUGGUAACAAUAGUAACAGUAACUAUAUCGGUAUUAUGGAACUAAUACCUGAUCCAGAAAAUGUUUCAGUAUCGACGCCAUCAUUCGAUACCAGUAUGGGUGCAUCCCUGGUAAAUGGUGGGUCACAGUAAUAAUGUAAUUAUGUAAUUGUAAUAAAUUGUAAUUUUAGAACUGGAAAGAUAAUAAUCAAAGCCUGAAUGAAGAAUAAUAUUGUUUAAAUGUUGUUGUACUGUCUUGGGCCAAUGCUGGAAAUGUAUGUGUUAAAAUGGUUCUCAGGUCUUUUUCAUUUUCCAAAUAUCGCACUAUGGUGCGUUUACAAUGGCACACACUAUAUCCAAAUCGGACUCAACUAUGACUAAACCUGGACUUUAAAGGUGCUGUACCAGAUAAUGUGAAAACAAGAAAAACAGAAAUAGUUCAUUUUAAAGCAAAGGUCCAAAGUUAUUCCUCAUUUACCUUAUGCAUUCUCAACAUCCUAAUUAUUCACCAGGAUGAGUUUAUAAGCACUUUUUACAACUUUCAGAGAGCAGAGUUUUGUCAUCCCUGUAAAGCUAACAACAGCUACCACUUCCUAAUAAUUGGACAAUGAAACACUUUAUAAUCAGAUGCUGACAGCUCACAGCAGACUUAUUUUGACUUUAAGAGUUGCUUAUACAGUAUAUAUGUACUGGGGCAGGACACGUUUAUCUGGGGGAAAAAUCGAGUACAGGGCCUUUAAUCUGGACUAGACCAGGACUAAUCCAGGACUAAAGCAGGACUGAACCAGGACACGUGUAAACUCGCCCUUUGUCUGUAACAGUUUGUGAGAUAGCUGCUGUACAUUAAGAUUUCUAUUUUUCUACAGAGCGUGAAGUGCACACGACACCAUCGAUGCGUUCAAUGCAAUGAGCUGAAUAUUAGCCACUUUUCUGUGUACGCCUGUGGUCCUGUGUGUGCGAUGAGAGCUGGAUGAGGUGUCUGGGGGAGAGGGGGGGUCAGCACGGCCCUGCUCAGACUGCUGGGUUAAAAUUGCAUAUGACAGGUUAGACUAGUAUAUAUUUCAUUAAAACAUAGUUAAUAUAUAUUUUGACUAUACAAAGAAUAUAUAAAUGGACAUAGCUAACCUGCUAGCCACAGUGGUCCAAACAGGAAGUGAUCGACUCUGGCUCCAAUUCAAUUUACAUAAAAAAACUGUGGCCCCUCUUUUUGUAACUGCUGCUGUCAGACUCGUCAUUUUGGUCUUAAAAUGUUCAUAUUAACUCACUCUACAUGAUCCUGGUGUUUUUAUUUAGCUAUUUAAUUUCCAAUACUCGACUCUGCUCCAAAUUCACCCCUAUAACUGCUCUAGCCUCGAUGAGUUUCAUUUGACUGGAGCCGACACUCAGUUAGUCCACUUCUUUAUACAGUCUAUGAUUUUGACAUAGUUUGACAAUUUUGGUGUGAGUUUAUAAUUCCACUUCCUGGUUGGACACGGGCAGCAGAUGUGACACACGUCAAGGUAAAUCUAUAACUGUUACCUAGCAACCAUGAUGUAAACAAGGGCCAAAGCUUGUCACAUUUUGUUAAUUUUGUGCAUGAAGUGUCCCUGCUUUUUGGAUGGCAUUUUUGGUGCUGAUGUCAUUGGUAGAGGAAGGCUAGAACUCCUGUAUUUUUGUACUUUUCCUCACAAAUUGCCACUUCACUAAUAUGAUAUGUAUUUAAAUUUUAAUAUGUAUUUAGGUACUGUACCUCCAAAUCAGGAUUAGAAAAUAGUGUAAACCUGUCAUAUGCACUUUAAAGGUCCUAUAUUAUGCAAAAUUUGACUUGAAUGAUAAUGAUGUUUUCUGUGUUUUUUCAUCUUUGGUAAAUUCAGUCUAUUUUGAGGUCAAAACAUUCACUCCACCUCAAGACAUCAUCAGGUGACAAUCUAAAAGUACUCCAAGUUUUUUAAAGUUAAUACUACACUUUCAACAGACUCAUUCUGAUCUCAAAUGACCUUCACUGCACAGCUAAUUAACUGUUACAAUACUACUACAGCUACUAGCUUUAGCCUCUGCAUUUCUCGUCAGAAUCCUUGCAUCCUAUACAUUUAUUUCCUUCACAUAACCAAUUCCUUAUUCCUUUUAUAUUUUUUUUAUUUCAAGUUGCAACAUGAAAAAAGUCUGAGUUCUCCAAUUCCCAAAUAAUGCAUAAUAUAGAACCUUUUAAUAAUGGUACUGCUUCUUUCAAGUACAUGUUAGACAUUUGUACUAUAUUUUUCAAUGAUGGGAUCAAUAUUGGAGUUUGUAAUUGGAUAACUACAAAAACUGCUCCAUAAAACCAUGAAUUAAAUAAACCAAUCCUAAAAUGUCAUAUACAAAAGACAGUACUUGAAAGAGGGUCAUUGCUGGAGGAGGAGGUGCUUGUGUAUUGGAUGUAUGUUGAUGACCACAGACCGCUGCAGUAGUCCACUCUUGAUUCUUGUUUUGCUUUCUGUAAAUCUGAGCUUCCAGGUUUAAGUUUGAAAACAUCUGUAAAAGUUAUUGCACAUUUUGACAUUUGUGUUACUAUAUUUUUGAAAUAAACACACAAUGUUACCAUA